CCAACAUGAAAUAGGUCUUUGUUGUUUGCCAGGAGGUAAAGAGGCGGAAAAGUGAGGAGGAUCUGAACUGGUUUCCAUGUCAAACACUUCAAUUCACCAUAGAGACUCAGAUCUUAACGUGGAAACUUUAUUAAACUGUGAUGGCGGAUUGAUAAGGGCCGAAUUUCUAUCGGCCCUCUUUUUUUAUUGUGGGCACCAGGCGGGCUGACAGAGGUAAAUUGCUCUUUUAAUUAAAGCAAUGCGCCAGGGGAAAUUGCUGUCUGAAUAUUGUCUCAGAGAUGGGGGCCAGUGACAGUUGCCUGGAAACUUCAAUCUGUCCACCCGCGUUUAUUCCAGAUCACAGUUAUGAGAUAAAGUUUAAUAAAAAUCGUUUCCUCCGCCGCCGACGAAAUGAAAUCCAACCCUUUCUGAACAAGUGAACACAAUGAGACAGGACUGCGGAGGAAACCUCAUGUUCAGCAUGUAUCUCUCAGAUCCAACAGAAACUCUGUUGAAAGAAAGCAAAGGGACAUCAUGGGGUCCUAUAAACACAGGAGUACAAAAAGGCAGCGGGCAGAUCCAGCUGUGGCAGUUCCUGCUGGAGCUGCUCUCCGACAGCAGCAACAUGUCGUGCAUCGCCUGGGAGGGAACCAACGGCGAGUUCAAGCUCAUCGACCCGGACGAGGUGGCGCGGCGCUGGGGCGAGCGCAAGAGCAAACCCAACAUGAACUACGACAAGCUGAGCCGUGCGCUGCGCUACUACUACGACAAGAACAUCAUGACCAAGGUGCACGGCAAGCGGUACGCGUACAAGUUCGACUUCCACGGCCUGGCGCAGGUGUGCCAGCCCUCCACCACGGAGCAGGCCAUCUACAAGUUCCAGGGCAACUUCUCCCCGAUCCCCUUCCCCGGGAUCUCCAAACUGAACCUCAUGGCUCCCGGCGUGGGGCCGUCGGGCUUCUCCUACUGGCCCGGCUCCCCGACCACGGCCCUGUACCACAGCCACAACCUGCAGCCCCCGGGGCCCUUCGGCACCGUGUCCCCGUCCCACAUCAGCUGCGUCAACAACAUCAACAGCCUGAGUAACAUCAACAACCACUACAACUGACGUUUACUGCGCCUUCUGGACUCACUGGAAGGAUACCGACGGCAGGUGUGACGCGCAGCG